AUGACGGCAUUUGAAGAAUUGGGUAUGUUGCCAGAACUGGGAAAAGCUGUCGUUGAGAUGGAUUGGACGUUGCCUACAGAUAUUCAAUCUGAAGCGAUCCCUGCGAUACUUGGCGGCGGUGACGUACUAAUGGCUGCUGAAACUGGUAGUGGUAAAACGGGUGCUUUUUGCUUACCAGUUUUACAAAUUGUUUGGGAAUCAUUGAGAGAUCAAUUAGCUGGUAAAUGGCGCUUAAAUGCAUAUGACAGAAACGAUAAUCUGGCUAUUGAUCCUGAUGGUUUACUUUGCCAAAGUAGAGAUCCAAAAGCGUGGAAUGGUGCUCGUUGCUCACAUGGUGUUUUCGGUUCAGGUAAAUAUUAUUAUGAAGGAAUAGUAACAGAUGAUGGACUUUGUCGUCUCGGGUGGUCUUCACAUAAUGAUAAAUAUGGUUUCGGAUUUGGUGGGACUGGGAAAAAGAGCAAUAAUAAUCAGUUCACUGAUUAUGGUCGUUCGUUCACUUUAAAUGAUACUAUUGGAUGUUUGCUUGAUUUGGAUAAUUAUACGAUCUCAUUCUCGAAAAACGGUGAACGAUUCGGAAAAGCUUUUGAUAUACCUGAUCAAUUAAAAAAUGUUCCUCUUUAUCCAGCAGUUUAUUUGCAGAAUGCUGAAAUACUAGUUAGCUUCGAGAAUUUCCAUCUGGCUUUUUCGUAUCGAAUAACGAUUCUGAAGUUCUCCAAAAUAAUUCAGGAAUAUACGCCAGUUAGCAAAGCCUCUCGAGAAUGUGUUGUUGAUUCUCCCAACUCUGGGAAUGUUAGCUCUCGUGCAAAACCAGUAGAUAUGAAUUCUCCAAGCUGUAUUAUAAUUGAACCGACGAAAGAAUUAGCUGAACAAACAAAUGCUCAGAUUGAAGUUUUCAAAAAAUAUCUGGAGAAACCAUUUAUCAGAAAUGCUUUAGUAAUCGGAAGUAUGCCAGUAGGUGAACAAAUUAAAAUGCUUUCGGCGGGUGUAGACAUAAUAACUUGUACUCCUGGCAGACUAGAAGAUUUUAUUCAAAGCGGUAAAAUAUUGCUAUCAAAUGUGCGGUUUUUCAUCCUGGACGAGGCGGUAAAUUUUUUAUCUGGCAAAACUCAUUUGCCUACCAUUGAACGGAUUCAUGCUGCGCUACCAAAAGUUACUUGCACGGGGGAGCGUCUUCAGAUGAUUGUUUGUUCUGCUACUCUCCAUAAUUUUGACGUCAAAAAAAUGGCUGAUCGAAUGAUGCAUUUCCCACAGUGGGUUGAUUUAAAAGGUCAAGAUUCUGUACCCGAUACAGUGCAUCAUGUUGUCUGCAAAGUUGAUGCACAGUCUGAUCGAAUGUGGAUUCGCUUAAAAAAGCACGAAAGGAUACAGACUGAUGGUAUUCAUGCAAAUGAUGAGAUUCGUCCUGGGAGUGAGUAUCCGGAGACAUUAUCAGAAGCUACGAAAAUAUUGAAAGGCGAAUAUGUGCUGAAGGCAAUCAAGCAACAUAAUAUGGAUCAAGGAAUUAUUUUCUGUCGCACAAAGCUUGACUGUGAUAAUUUAGAGUCGUUUUUGCAACGAAGAGCUUCAGGUAAUGCAAAUAUAACUUGCGUUUGCCUACACAGCGAUCGAAAACCAGAGGAAAGAACGCGAAAUUUCGAAUUAUUUAAGAAAGGAACGGUAAAAUUUUUGAUUUGCACCGAUGUUGCUGCUCGUGGUAUUGAUGUUCGAGGUGUUCCAUUUGUGAUAAAUGUCACCUUGCCGGAUGAUAAGGCAAAUUAUUUGCAUCGAAUUGGACGAGUUGGUCGAGCUGAGAGGAUGGGGCUAGCUAUUUCAUUUGUCUCUACAUAUCAGGAAAAGGUGUGGUACCAUAAAUGCGCCUCGCGUGGUUUGAAGUGCCACAAUACAGCUUUGGUUACUCAACGAGGAUGUGCUAUCUGGUACGACGAAAUGAAGUUGCUGGAAGAAAUCGAAGAACACCUCGGUGUGACGAUUCCGCAGAUUGAAACGGAUAUGGUUGUACCCGUUGAUGAAUUUGAUGGUAAAGUUGUUUAUGGAGCUAAACGAUCUAAUACAGGUUAUGCUGGCCAUGCUGUUGAACUUACUGGUGCUGUUGCUCAGUUAGCUGAUUUAGAGCGUGCCCUUCAGCUUUCUUAUUUGAAAAUGUUUAUGGCCAAAUCUUAA